AUCGUUUCAUGGUUUCAUCUGUGCCGUCUUUCGUGUUCGUUUUGUUGUUGGGCCGGUUCGGCGAAAGGGCACAUUAUUGUGACGUAACCAGUUUCUGCGCUUCCCCAGAGGCUCCGGCAGACGUACACAGACGGAGUUACCUUCGCGCCAUUCGGGCUUCGGCGAACAAUUGGGCCCCAACAUGGCCAGCUGCAAGCGCCGGCUGUCAUGCCCGCAGACGGUGCAGCACCUGUGGGAUGCCAUAGACUCUAUACGACAGCAGAAGCAGGUGAGCAACUUGGACCGUGUGGCGAACUACAUGCGCCGCAAGCACCAACUAAGUGAAGCUGACACAGAACGUCAGCUUGGUUUCGCCGUAAGAGAUGGCCUGAUGGUCUCCAAGAAGAAGGUUGGCUCCAAGGGUUCCAAAGUGGGCGUUGAGCAGGAGGCCUUCCAGCUCCCUAAUGAACCAGCGGAGAGGGACGGCCACGACUGGUACUGCUUUGAGUGUCACAGAGGUGGCGAAGUGCUUCUGUGUACCACGUGUCACCGAGUGUACCACGUAGUUUGUGUCAAGGAAGACCUCUCCAAUGAAGACAAGUUUGUCUGCACAGUCUGCUGUCAACUUAAAGAAAGGGAGCAACUGAAGCUGAAAGUGGAUGACAUGAACAUCCUUCUCAGCUACACAUGUCUGCGGCUCAAAGACAAGAUUGCCCCUCAAAGCCCUCAUCUGCCACGGCAGGCCCAGACGAAAGACCUACAUCGGCUGCUGUUGGCUGAAGGGGAUGCUUGGAAGCAGGGCUAUCUUAUCUACCAGAAAAUGGACCUCAUCACUAUGGAAGAGAAAACGCGAAACAGCGAGUAUACGAGCCUGGAGGAGUUCCAUGCUGAUGCCCAGACCAUCGUGCACAAUGUUGUCAUCUUUUACGGCAUACACAGUUGCAUGGCCGACAUGGCCCGACAGAUGUUGCGAGACUGCAGCUACGAUUUGAACGAAAUCCGGCAGUGCAGCGCCUGUUACCGCAUGUCCAACGAGAAGCGUGACAAGUACUGGUUUUGUCAGCCAUGUGACCCGCCACACGAUCUGGUCUUUGCCAAGCAGAAAGGUUUUCCCUACUGGCCAGCCAAGGUUAUACGUGUCGAUGACCACGGUUACGACGUCCGCUUCUUUGGUGGCUAUCACCAGAGGGCUCUUGUCGAGAAAGGAAGCAUCAAGCCAAUCACGACGAGCCUGAAGGUGAUCGCAGCCAAGCGCACAACCGCCCUCAACAAAGCGUUGGAUGAGCUGCGCAGGCACCAGCAGCUCCUCGAGCAGCAACGGAGGGGCAGCAGCGGGCGCCCGGGUGAAGGCACGAUGGCGACUGGCGUUCCACGAAAGAGGGGCCGGCCUCCGCGUGUUGUGCAGCCUUCUCUGCCUCCUCCGCCUGCAACCACUCGUUCGACUUCUGGUGAUGAGGAGGAAGAGAAAGAUGAGGAGGACGACGACGAUGAUGAGGAGGAAGACAAGUCUGCUUCUGAGGAGCAGGAGGAAUCUUCUGAGGAGGAAGCACCAUCCUCGUCCUUGCCCACAAAGAGGCAUCGGCUGAAGGAGGAAUCAUCAUCAGAGGACCACAAUGUUGUAUCAUCAUCCUGUCAAGAAUCGCCCAGCAGUAGGGUUUCUACAUCAACGCAAACACACCGAAAGAUGCUUGCUGGAGUAAACAAAAUGCCAAGCUUGGAAGAGGCCCCAGCGAAGUGCGACUGUGACACCAAGUAUCGGCAAGCGUUCAGGGAACAUCGGGAAAAGCUGGAGGCCAAGUACCGAGAGGAGAAGGAGCACCUCGUGCAGCAGAUCCGGGAAGAGGUCCAGAAACAGUGUGAAGCAGAGAAGCUGAAGGAAGUGAGCGCAGUGCUGGAACGCAUGCGGACAGACCUGGAGCAGCACAAGGCCCGAGACAAAGAGGCUCGCGAACAGGAAAUUGCAAAGUUGCAGGAAAGGCACCGGCAGGAAAUCUCGGAAACAAAGAAGAAGCAGUGGUGCUACAACUGUGAAGCAGAAGCAAUCUACCACUGCUGUUGGAACACCCUGUACUGCAGUGUAGAAUGCCAGCAAGUUCAUUGGCACAAAGAACACAAGCGCUCCUGCCGACGCAAGCAGUGAUUGUACAGCAGUCAUCAUCGUUCCUUCUUCGCCAUUUGUGAAUCUUGCACUGGGACCGCUUCACACCACCAUCAUGCAGAGACCAUCUUCCCGUUCUUUCCUUGCAAAAAAAAAAAAGGGUGUUUUAAAACUGUCUUUUAGAUAAGUCGACAGUGGAAGUUGUAAAGAAUGGCCAACCUGCAAUUUUAUUUCAAUAAGUGCAAUACGAAUUCGAUGGCAAUGUAAUAAGCGUGGCUUAUCGUCAGACCUCGUUGCAGGUUUUGUAGUGAAAGUUUGGGACAAGUUGAGAUUUUGCCUCUGGAAGCGGUUCAGAUGCCAGCCGAUCCUUCGUUGGUGGGUGUAGGGUCACGUGCACUGUGGUGCGGGGCGUAGAGCACAUGCAAGCGUUGAAGGUUCUCGUAAUGCGAUGGAGAAGGCAGUGUUUCGGCUGUCGUUGCCCCAUUCCUCCACUGGUGGUGACGACUCUGUGAAAGCAGGCGUUGACGACAAACAUUCGCGAAGACCAAACAUAGCUUUAGGAUGUAGAUCCAUCCCAGCCUCGUCCGGCCAUUCUGAGACCCCGAGUGCAUAUCUCAUUAUACUGUAUAUAGACACCGGUUCAGUGAGUUUUGAUCAUGACAUUUACACGCUACACACACACAGAUUUACGACGGUCUGAAACCGUUUUUGUUGGUUUUCCUCCGUUUUAAGUAGAGCCUUCUCUUUUCUGAUGACAUUUUCCUGCCACUUUUUGCAAUCCUGUAUAUACGUGUAAAGCAGGGAAAAUUCAUGCAGAGGCAAGUAGUGGGCUACGCAGGCCUCGAGUUUUUGCGAGCAAUCAAAGAUUGCUGCACAUUCAGUGGCACCAUGAAUGAGGUUCGAUGUUGGAAGUUUUCCCUAACUGCAGAAAAAAAUUAUUUCCCCCUGUAAAGUGGUGUGUGUGUGUACUACCCUGUUUGUACACAUGUUGGUCAGCCAUAAACGUCACCUAAAAGGGAGAAUCUGUUUCUCCAAGGUAUGGAGGAAAGCUUAAGACUUAGACGGUUAGUGUAAAAACGGAUGAUGAGUGGAACAAACAUCAGCUGAGAGCUUGCAAGAAGCUGGUGACAAACACGGAUACUUUUGGAAUUUUGUUUAUUUCAUUUUUGUUUGGUUUUGUUGAUUUCUGGUGCCAAGCUGCCAGCAUUCUUGCAGAGGCGAAAAUCAGGCUUUCAUCGUUUCGGUCUUGUUGCAUUUGUUCUUUCCUUCUGUGGCAGUCUGGGGUUCAAUACUGUAGUCUGCAGUUUCGGUAUAGCGAUAAAGAAAGGGUGCUUGGUGAGGCAAGCUUAGUCCCGUAUAUUGUGCCACUAAGUUGAGCUGCGUUACUAGGGCAGUUUCAUUUGCAGAUAUAAUUGGCAAACAUAGCACUUAAGGUUGCAUGUCCCAUCUUCUUUGCUCUGCUGAACAAUGCAACAAGCUGUUUUGCACAGCCAAUAGUUCAUUGCACGGUAUUUUUAUGCUCACCAAGAACUUUUGUUUUUAGUCUCAUGUCAAUGCAAGUCGCACCUUGCACUUCAGUACCUAAAGAAAAAUGCUUUUUAAAAAAUUAGGUCUUGCGUUGACUCCAAUUUUUUUUCGCACUCUCUCUCCUAAGAAUGUAAGGGGCAGCCCACGAAACAUGGCCGGACGUGUACAUCAAAGCUGUGCAUACCUGUGCACCUGAAAAACAAUGUCGUUUUGUUGCGAUCAGUUUUGCAGCUCAUUACAACAAUUUAUGGCACUUUCAGUGCAGUUCUGUAAAUAACAUUGACCCUUGUAUGUUUGUAUGUAUGCUUUCUUAGUUGUAGUUUUUUUUCUUUGUGGUGUCAUUUGACAGGCAGAUCUAGCACCUUUUGGAACUGCUGCAUCAACACUGGCAAAAUACCUCUGACUUCAGACGUAUAUGCUGCUGCACUUUUGAUUUUUUGUGCAACGCUGUAGAAAUGAGCCGGCCUUCGCUGUUUUUCUUCGAUUCUCGUUUAUCACUGGCUUGGGGGCAAAGUGUUCUUUUUUUUAACUGCACUGUAGCAGAGGGUUUUGAUAUGUCGCAAAAUUGUCAUCAUGAGGCAGAGCUCAUGCUGAGUACACUUUUUACGUGGCAGUGUACAGCUGAAUCGUCGUCCUAGUCAUGUCAUGUAGCGCUCUGGGUUUUUAUGAAAAUAUUGAAUUUUCGCUUUUUCUUUCUUCUUCUUCUUGCUCACUAAAACAAAUUCGACAGCCUUUUCCCAAGCUAACUUAUUUGUCAACUGCACGACUCUUCACGGUUUCAAACCACAGCAGCCAAGAAACCAUCAAACAAACAAGAAGUUUUUGUUUUAGCUUACUGAUGCCUCGUCGGCAGAAAAAAUUCUUGUGGAGACUUCAUUCCAUAAGGUUAUGUUAUUGGUAUUGAUUGGUGCUUGUCUAGUCCACCUGGUAAGAAUAUAAAAGACCUGGCUCUUAAGGAGAAGGGUUUUCACAUCAGUGUUGGCACUGGCCUUGUUUGACCACUGGAUCACUCCUUCAUUCUCCUGUGAAAUUAGGAUUAUCUGACCUGAUCAUUUCCUGGGAAACUGACUUUGUAGGAGGUGGGCUGCUUUACUGACUAUGCUUUACUGACUAUGCUUUACUGCUUUACUGACUAUAGCCGGGUACAACUUUAUAAGGAAACGGCAUUUCCAUCUCAGUGACGAAUGCACACAAGUCUGCACCAAUGAGCAUGCACUCUAGACUGACAUUGCAAGCUGCACGAUCAGUGACCUGACCGUCAACAUUGCAGAGUACAUCAGUGGGACUAUUUCUUUUGUCACAGAUGCAGUCGGCUGCAUACGUUGGGUCAUCUGGGCGGGGUCUCUUUUGCCUUUUUAAGUUUUAUCCGACUACAAGUCCAUUCAGACAAUUUUUGGCCGAAAGGGAUUAGUGUCAGAUGAAAGACUAGACCUUACAUUUCUCUGGACUCAUUAGCCAGUGGGGCUUUUAGUUCUUUCUGCAUUAUACGUGUGGUGUUGGCAAGAUGAAUGCCUAGACCGCUUCUGCCAUGCAGGGUUUGCCCUCCACCCUCCUCUUUUGAGAACUAUUGGUGUAAGAAAGCGUUGUUUUCUCUCUUCCUCUCUGUUGACACUGUACAAAGCGUGCAGUUAGAGAUGUUGAACACAUUAUUAUGCAAGACUAACUUUCAUGCACAAUGUCAGUGCUAACAAGCCUUCACCCCAACGAGCCUGAUGGUCAACGAAAGAAACAAUUGUUACUGCAAAUUCACUACAUAAUGGAGUCCUAUGCUUAUCGGGAGUUUUUCAUUUUGCUGCACGGCACAGAUACCCAAUGCUUCGUGUGGACCUCUGUUUCUUCAAGUUCUUGGAAGUGUCCACGUCUUAAUGCUGUUAUUGGUUGUUCUUUUUUUUUUCGCGUGCAAUAUUGUGAAUGGAUGGCAAGGCUAGCUUUAUUCUCGGCACUCUCUUAAAUUCCUUGACAACCAGUAAUGCAAAGAAUGAGGUGAAUGUCUAAUUUACCUCUGCUGUACUGCAGCUGGCUUACGCGCUAACGACGGUUCUAACGAUGAUGCAACAUGAUGCACAAUUUAUAUUCUCGGCUCAUUAUUAGAUCAGAAGGAAGUGAUUGAACAUUGCUUUUUUAAGUGCGAACUUUACUGUUGUGCAGUAUUUCAGCAGUUAGAAGCUCCUGUUCAAGAAAUGUAAUCACUUUUUUCAGGGUGUCUUAUAGUUAAGAGAGGGUUGCUUUUUGACUCGAGCGAUGAUGCUAUAUGGACGCAUGAAAUCGUGAGAAUUCUGGCUGGAUGCGAGUGUGUUGGAGCUGUUACUUAGUGUCAGGUUUGUUGUCUGCAUAUAUCAAGAAACGCCCUGUAAAAGUGGAAAGCUAAUAUAGCUUAGCCAAGUGGCUUGAAAGAAUGAAAAAAACCUAUACUUCUUUUAUAACUCUGUCUGUACACUGGAAAAGCAAAGGCAUACUGUCGGAGGAGCUUCGAAUAGCAGUUAUCAGGAGUUUUGAAUAUAACAAACUGUAAAGUCUUAUGUUGAGAGGUGCAACACUAUACAAAAGAAUGAACAUAAGUGCAAUGGAUCAGGGUCCAGUUUUUUUACAGAUAAUGAAGCCAGAGAAAGCAUAGGGGCCUUAUCUGUAGUAAUUAACUGGAAGUGUAGUAAUCAUUAAAAAUAAAGGGAAACGAACAUAAAUCAAUGAAACAACUUGCUCUCAUGGAGACUGAACCUGCAACCAAGAUAGUUGCAUGCCCUCUUUCUAUGCGUCUCACCUUUAGAACAAAAAUCUACUCUAUGGUAUUCUUAAACCAGUGAGUUCAGAUACUCCUUUCUUUUUAAACAAUGCUUUUUUUUUCACAGUAGUGUUACAGUGUGCACGUAAUUAUAAGCACUUCUUAUUGGUAUAAAGUGGGUUACGGCUGAUGAAAAUUCCGAGAGUGGUGUGUGUGCGUGUUUAUAUGCAAUGUCGCAGCAUCUGCACCAAAAACAGUUUCCCCGCUUAUGCAAUAGAAGAAUGCACAAAGGUAGCCUUAGCUUUGCAACAGAGCCUUCAUAUUUCCGCGUGGCUCGAGAUAUCGUAGACAUUUUGUAUCUGUUAAAGCCGCAAAAAAAGUUUUGUCGCAUCAGUGUUUUCUGCUUCUGCAAAAGUUGUUUGCAGUCAUUACGCUCGUCUAUACUGCAGGGAUGUUGGGCACCGUGUUUGUUAGGAGUGCUUACAGUGUGAUUGCAUGAACCUUCGUGCUGGUAGCUUUUGUACUGUGUGAAACGAUGCUGUGGAUGCAAGUCUGUGAAUAAUCUACUUGAGCAUGUAUAUAGACGGCAUGCUAAGUAGUGAUUAUUUCUUUCCAUGUCAAGUGUUUGGGGUGGCUUUUAAUGUAGAGAGUUUUGGGUGAUUGUGUUCUUUUCAAGCUGUUUGCUUCUCUCGGCCCCUUCAACUGUUGGCACUGUUUUUUUUUUCUCUGCACUUCCUGGCCUGCUAUGUCAGAAUUCAUUGAGAUGCUUCCUGCCUCCUAUUUUGUGUUAUCAUGUAAGGAAACAGUGCUGGUGGAUGACAUACAGUCUUAUUUCUGCAUUGGUAGGAGGGACAUGUGUUCUUUAUCCACACUGAAUUUUUUUUGGUAAUUGAACGCAUAGGUAAUGUAAAGUGUACAUAAGAUGUCCUGACCUGAAAUAUUGCUUCGUCUAAUGCAAUGGUGCACUCUAUUAAAUUGUCUGAUGACCAGUCAUGAGGAUACAAGUUUGCUGUUAUUUUGCAUUUUGCACUGCAGGUGUUUGCAAAAUUGAGACAACACAGUAAAAAGAGAAACAUGCUUAACCCUGUUAUAUCGAAUUAUUCGUGAAUAUCGAACAGUUGCAUUAUCCCCUUUGAAAUUGCAUGCAAAAAUCUAACGCCGUCGAAUAUUGCAACUGUUCGCCGAUCACACGUCGCAUAACACAAUCAUAUCUCAACAUUGCACGUAUGCUGACGAAACAACACUGUUUGGCAGGUGCUGUCAAACAUGGCAUUUAAUAUGAAGGACAUGAUAUGCCACUGGAAUAAGGUCGAGCGAGAUGAUUGUCUCAAAAUGUGCAUGGCUUGUGCAACGCGCUCCAUAAUGACGUGUGCGUUGGCAAUCUUCACUGCAAUGCAGUUGUCAUGCACUGAAGCAUACUUGCAACAAGGUUAGCAAUGCAGUGAAGCAUACUACGUGGGGACUGGGUAUUGUAUUGAAUUAUCGAUAUAUGGGAACUAUCUUGUGAUCUCCCUUCAAAUUCGAUGUAUCCGGCUGCGUAUGAUGUGCCUGUUAAGCGUGCAAUGUCUUGUGCCCAGAAGGGUAUUGUAUGUGAGUGUGCAAUAAUAGUUUAUCUAAAUUCACAUUUUUAAUGAGUACACCUUGCCAUGGCUUGCUACAGGAAUGUUAACGAAAGCUUGUGGUCACCAGACUUUGAUUUUUGCAUUAAAAAUAACUACAUAAUAUGAGAUCGGCUCAGGAUGAGCUAUAAAGCGCUGGGUUGGUAUAGUGUAGGUUUCACUUCACUUUUCUUUUCUUCUGAACACUGUUUACAACUGGCCACCCUUAUAAUACUGUGUACAGCUCUGACUACUUGAUAAAAUAAAAAAAUCACACCAUCUCCUGCUAAAGGGGACCAUGAGGCGAUGUAAAGCAGUGUUUCGGCAUGUCGAGCCCGCGUUUCAGAGGGGGAGGGGGAGUGGCGGUGUGUGGAGAGGGUUUGCACAUGCGCAGUAAGGGUGGUCACGCCGCACACCACCGGUUUGAACUCCGCCAUAAGAUGCUUCGCAUCUAAAAAAAAGUAUGGCAUUGGAAUAGAAUUUUUACUGUAUACAAACCCUGGUUUUGGUCACUGUUCCUUUGUGACUAAAUAGGGGCCACAUCUCUGUAACGACCAUAAAUAACAUUAAAAAGCAGUGGACCAGUUGACUAUUGCACCUAUACCAUAGCGGUGAGUUGCAGCUUCAAGUUGGUUUCUUUUUUCUUUUUUAGUAUUGUUUUUGCCUGUAGUGGUAUUCUAAGCGCUACUCUUGGAUUCUCGUAUGGCUGAAUCUUUGAGCAGGCUGUGCUAGCACACAAGGCCAUGACCUCUGCAGUUAUCUUUCUGGCAAUAAAAUGUUAUCGGGUUGGGAGAAAUAGCAUCCCAUUGCUGUGGCCGAGAAACGACUUGGAAUGACAGUAACUGCAAUGCCUUCAGUAGAAUAAAUUUCAUUCUUAUCCAUGAUUUCGUACUUGCAGUACAGACUUGGCUACCCUCCUUUAUCAAUUAAAUGGCUGGGAGGAAGGGAGCACACUAACAGACUACUGAAUUUCUCGAAAUUCAGUUUGAUUGCAUCUGUCGGACUUGCCACCAGAAUCGACAUUGAAACGACCACUUGGAGGUUUCUCGUGUGUUUUUCUUAGGUCUUCUAUGUGCUUGGUACUCUGAAAAAAAUUAGAUGUGUGAAUGGUGGUGUUUUGUGGUACAUGCCAUAGUCAUCAGGGGAAACUCAGUGUUGCAUAUGUGGCAAACUCAUUUUGUAUAAAUCAUGCACUGGUUUUGUUCUGUACACUUCAUUGUGUGUAGAGCAUGCUCGUUAGAUGUUCAUAUUAUGCCAUUAUUUGGGCACAUAGCAUUAGUGCUUGUAAACUGUUAUGUAGUGUGUUGUCUAGUGAUGUAUGCUUUGUCAAGGAUAUGUUCUUAUCUUUAGACUACGUGGACAUAUUGAGGAUGUUUGCUGAAUUAUGCUAUUAAACUUUCUUUUGUGGGAUA